AUGGCAAGUUAUUUUAGUUGCUCAGAUGGGGAGAUGUAUUGUGAGAAGAUAAACUUGAAGGAAAUGCUGAGGCAAAUUGAGCUACAGUACCAGGCUGUACUCACACCACUGUUUGUCUACAGUCGAAAGCAGCUGCAGGACAAUGUCAAGGCUUAUGUAGAUGCUCUGAAGGAAUAUAGUUCCUCGUUCCAAUUGAAUUUUUCUGUCAAGGCUAACCAAAACUUGACUGUUCUGAGAGAAUUUCAGUCUUUUGGCUUAUCAGCAACACUGGUCAGUGGCAAUGAACUGAGACUAGCUUUAGAAGCAGGAUUUGAACCCACCCACCUCAUGUUUAAUGGUGGGGGAAAAUCUGCUUGGGAAACACAUUUGGCUAUAAAGCAUGGUGUCCUCAUUAAUGUGGACAGUGAAUGGGACCUGAAACAAACUCUGGACAUCUGCCGACAUGGUUUUCCUGAACCAAAGAAAGCCAAGGUGCUUCUGAGAAUGAACUUGAAUAUUGAUCCUCAAGUUCAUAAAUAUGUGAACACUGGAAUGUUGGACUGCAAAUUUGGCCUGUCAGAAGAUAGUAUUGAGGGUUGUCUUCAGCUUUUGGAGGAGCCAGGGUGCCCAGCUGAGCUGAUUGGACUACACUCACAUGCAGGCUCAACCAUCUACCAGACCGAUGUCUUCAAACUUUGUACAAGGAGAUUGCUACACAUACGACAGAAACUUGUCCACAGAGGAUUCACAGAGCUGAAUAUUCUGAAUGUUGGAGGUGGUCUUGGCAUUGAUUAUCUAGAGAAGGAAGUCGAAACUAGAUCAUGGCGCAGCGAGACAGAGUUAACUGCUCAUAAUCUUCUGGAAUUGAGACAAUUUUUGUUGCUUUAUAGUGAAAAAUCAAAGUUUCAGCAGAGAACAGAUGAACUGAGCUCAGUUGAUGUAGCUAGUAUAAUGGAAUCAAUGGCAGAAUUAAUCACAGACUACAAAGAAGAAAGUCUGCAGGAGGUGGAAAACUAUAGUCACAUCUUCCUUUUGGCAUAUCCACACCAUGCCUCCCCUCGAGAUCUUGUCCAGUCAAUUAGUGGUCUGUUGAAAGACACAGGAGUUACACUGAUGCUGGAGCCAGGCCGGUCAUUGGUAGCUAACUCAGCUGUCUUGCUGGCACGAGUGUUGGGCUGUAAGUCAACCCCAAAUAAAAGGUAUGUAAUAACAGACGCAUCCAUGACAGAAGUUAUUCGUCCCUGUUUGUAUGGAUCUUACCAUCAUGUGACAGUUCUAGGAUCCAGUUCUGGAUGCAAACAUGUUUAUGAUAUUGUGGGCCCAGUGUGUGAAAGUGCAGACUUUAUUGGCAAGGAUCGUCUCCUGAUAAAUCCAGACCAAGGAUUUCUUGUGGUGCAUGAUGUUGGUGCUUACUGUCAUAGUAUGUCAUCAAACUACAAUGCUCGAAUGAAAGCUGCAGAAGUUCUUGUAGAUGGUUCCAGCUGGAGACUUAUCAGACGACAAGACACCUUUGAGGAUUUUCUGGCCCCCUACAAGAAUCUAGAAUAA